AUGGCCAAAAAGAGAAAGGCUGGUGGUCGCCCAGCGGGGCAGAACUCUGCUAAAGUCUCUGAGCGCACCAAGUUCGCUUACGAAGAACGAUUCGAAGACUCGGAGGAUGAGUUCCAAGCAGGCCGCGACCAGAUCCUGCUGGAGGAAGCUCCAGAGGCAAAGAGACGACGGAAGCUGGCUGAGCAAGAGGAAUCGCUCCAGCCAUCUGAUGAAGAGAUCAUGGCAUACGAAUCCAUGGACGAAGACGAUUUAGACGACGAGGAAGAUUAUGGCGAGGAUGUCUACGAAGAUGAAGACGAGGACGAAGACGAUAUGGAGAUAGGUUUCUCGAAAUCCAAAAAGUCGCGCCGAGGAGAAAGCCCAGAUGAGGACGAGGAGGAGGGGAUCGCCGCCUGGGGAACCUCCAAGAAGGAUCUCUACAAUGCCGAUCAGAUCGAAACCGAGGCCGAUGCCCUCGAAGAAGAGGCGGAAGCCAAGCGACUUCAACAGAAGCAUUUGCAGGCCAUAAACGAGGAGGAUUUCGGCUUCGACGAAUCCGAAUGGGUUGAAUCUGGCAAAGCACAGGAGGAUGUGGAGGAUGAGGGUGGUGUGGUAACGGAAGUUCUACCACAACUGGAGAUUACGGACGACAUGAGCACAGAAGAGAAACUCAAGAUCCUGAAAUCCAGAUAUCCGGAGUUUGAGCCAUUGGCAAAGGACUAUGUUGACCUCCAGGCAAGGCAUAAAGAGCUUGAGAAAGCUGCUGAAUCCACAAAACUUCCCGAAGACGAAGAUGCGCUCUUGGGUCCGGCACCUGUCCCUGUCAUCAAGUUCCGCGCUUUGUCAGCUUAUCUUGGGGCAAUCAGCAUGUACUUCUUGCUUUUGUCCUCGUCGCAAGAUGGAUCCGGAAACCCAGCUCCUCUAUCGCCCGUUGAAAUUCGUGCCCAUCCGGUAAUGGGCUCCCUAGUCAAGUUCCGAAAGCUCUGGGAGACAGUCAAGGAUCUGUCUGCCCCUGAAAUCUCCCAGGCUGAUGUCACAGAGAAGGCAAAGAGUGACGCUCAGACUAAGGCUUCUGUAUCGAUUACCAAGAAGCAAAGCCAGAAGAGCAAGGACUCACAACAGCCAAAGAAGUCCAAGAAAGAACAGAAACAGUCUAGAGCCCAGCGCGCGGCCGAGGCGGCACAGGCAGAAGCAGAGGCUCGGAGAGCAGAGAAGCUGGCCGAGACGGAAGCUAACCUCGCCGAUCUCGACAAACUCGUCAAAGAACCCAGCAGAAAACGCAAGAUUCAGAAGAUCACAUCGGCCGAAAACGCCGACAACUCCGACUUUGGUGAUGAGGACGCCCUCACUGCCAAGGAAGCCGAAGAGAAAGCCAGGCAGAAACGCUCUCUCCGCUUUUACACCUCCCAAAUGGCCCAGAAGGCUAACAAGCGUAACGCGGCUGGUCGGGAUGCCGGUGGUGAUGCAGAUCUGCCUUACCGUGAGCGUUUGAGGGACCGUCAAGCCCGGUUGAACGCCGAGGCCGAGAAGCGUGGUAAACAGAGACCAGAUAAGAUGGAGGAGCUCGGCGGCGACAGUGACGAGGAAGAUCACCGGGUUGCAAGGGAGAUCAGGGGCGGCGGAUCGGGUACCGAUGACGACGAGUAUUACGAUAUGGUUGCCGCACGGUCGAAACAGCGCAAGGAUGACAAGAAGGCCCGUGCGGAUGCGUAUGCAGAAGCUGCGCGUGAGGGUGGUCGCGUCGAGAUCCAAGAGGAGGUCAGACCAGACGGCAAGCGAGCCAUUACCUACCAGAUCGAGAAGAACAAGGGUCUUGCGCCGAAGCGCAACAAGGAUUCCCGCAACCCGCGUGUCAAGAAGAGGAAGAAGUUCGAGGAGAAGAAGAAGAAGCUCAGCAGUAUCCGCCAAGUCUACAAGGGAGGUGAAGGUCGUGGUGGAUAUGGUGGUGAACUUACUGGUAUCAAGAAGAACUUGGUCAAGAGUAUCAAGCUAUAA